AUGGUCGAAGCGUGCACCCACGAGGACUCGAAUCUCGGGAAGGUGUGCGACGAGAAGGGCUACCACUACGAGCGGCUCGGCCUCUUCAACGAGAACGACCUCAGCAAGCCGCAGGGCUACCACAAGGCGAAGUUCCUGCUAGACGAGAAGCGCCCGGAGCUCUUCGUCAGUACACCACCCUGCGGUCCAUGGUCGAUAAUGCAGAACGUCAACCAGCGCAACGAUCAACAGAAGGAGAACCUUCGCAGGAAGCGGCUCAAGAGCCAGCGGAUCUUCGAGAACAACAAGAGGCUCAUCGAGCACCAGGUGCUCAACCUGAACGGCUCGGCCCUCGCCGAGCAGCCCCACAACAGUCGGUCGUGGCAGAAGACCUGCUGGAAGGAUCUCCACAAGAUCCUACCGUACGAGGUGAUCGUGGAUGGCUGCGCCUGCGGACUACGAGCCCCUGACACGGGCGAGCUCAUGAAGAAGCGCUGGAAGUUCCUGACGAAUGACAGGAGGAUCUGGGUAGCCCUACAACCUCUACAGUGCCGUGGAGGACACUACCACGAGGAGAUAGAGAGCAGCUUGAGGACCGAGGCCUCGGGCUCCUACCCCAAGAUGCUGUGCCGCCGGAUCCUCAGGGCUCUGACCAAGAGCCAGAACCAGAACUACUUCGAGGACGAGGUUGUGAACUGCCUCUGCAUGGCAGCUACCCAGCAGCCACCGACAGAGCCUACGCCAGAGGAGGACGAGCCGUCUCUUCCACCACAAGACGGCAAGGAAGCGCACAACCUCACCAACGAGACGGUCAAGAAGCUCGAGAGCUACAUCAGAUUGGUGCUUUUCGACGCUUUCUCGUGGAUCCGUCGCAGCACGAACACGAACGUGAUGGCGCUGGCGAUACUCGACGCCGGCUCGGACAUCCUCUACGUGCGGCUGAUCGACGAGAAGCCGAUCCCGGGUACGACUCGACAAGUUCGUGCCGGCGACCUUCGGCAUAUCUUUGCUACAAAAUGGUUCCCCUGGAUGGGACGCCCGAAGGUCAUGCGCUACGACCCUGCCGGCAGCGCCAUCUCCGACGAGUUCCGCGAGUGGAUCGAGGGCCAGGGAGUCUACUGUCUCCCAUGCGCGGCCGACGCCCACUGGCAGAUCGGCAAGAUCGAGCGCGCCAUUGAAGCCUUCAAGGAGGCCCUCGACGCUUUCGACGAGAUGGUCUCAGCCGAAGUACCCACCAGCGAGAUGUUCGGACUCCAGACAGCGGCCAGGAACGACCUGAUCAGGAUCGACGGGUUCAGCCCGCUGCAGCGCUACGCGGGACGGACGCCGACUGGGACGACAGUCAACCUGUCGGACGAGCCGAACAACCUGCCGCUCAUCAGUGCCGAGCUGCAGGACGGUACCUUCAGCAGGGACGCCCAGGUACGACGGAUGGCGCGGCUGGCUCACAUCCAGACCGAGAACUCUGACCGAGUUAAGCGAGCGGAGGCCGCGCGCUUCAGGUCCUUCAAGAAGUACGAGACGGGCGAUCUGGUUUUCGUCUACAGGCGGCUCCCACCAGGGGACGCUGGUACGGACCUGGACGAGUACUUUGUCACGAGCCAGCGAGCUCGGGACACCGACCUGCCGGGGACCUGGACCUUCGGCGAUGUCCAGAAGCAGCUCGACACUAACGAGGUGAUCGACUUGUCGAACGAGUCCCCGCCCACUGGCGAGGAGACCCUCGUAGUCUUGACCCAGGAGGCGGCGGAGGUGGUGGAGCCUUGGCGGCGCCACCCGGACUGGAAGAGCGACCUCUACCUGGACCGCGUCCAGGAACCUCUCAUCCAGCCAGCUCAGCCAGAAGUUCCACCAGGCAUUCCACAGGAAGACGGCCACGAAGCUGGACUACCCGAAGAAGCUGAGCAGCCCAUCGAGGAGGAGAUCGUCAUGGAAGCCCCUCCCGGCGACGACCAGGAGGAGCGCGCGUCGCAGCGGCCCAUCGAGGUGGAGACUGACGAUGACCUCGACGAUAUCUCGGCGCCCGACGUGAACGAUAAGCGCCGGAUCCGAGAGCCCGGCUCAACCGAGCCCCCGGCUAAGAAGCAGCGGGUCAACGCUGCGACCCAGGAGGCCUUCUCCUACUACCUGCAAGAGGGUAACUUCUACAGCGACUAUGCCUACAGUGUCCAGCAGUACGACGAUAUGAAGGAGAACGACGAACUCAUCGUGCUGGACAUCCCUGUCAGCAACGAGCAUGCGUUCAUGGCCUACAUGGACGACCCCAGCAACUUCGUGGCAUCGCAGGCCCGCAAGGGCCGAGUGGAGGUCUCAUUUAAGAAGGCGACGCCUGAGGAGAAGAAGCUGCUACUCGAGGCCCAGCAGAAGGAGUGCACCUCAGUCCUCAGCACGAAGGCCGUCAGGAUCCUCAGCCGACAGGGGAUCGACCCGGCGCGCCUGCUGCGCUGCCGCUUCGUGCUGACCUGGAAGAAGGACACGCUCAAGACGCUGCAGCUGGAGGUGGUACAGUGCGAGCCGUGCGUCUGGGUCAUUCGAGACGGCACGAAGCUGGUCGGCAUGGUUAUCCUACACGUCGAUGACAUGAUGAUCGCCGGCGACCAUCACAACUCGGCCUUCCUCAAGAAACGACAGGAGAUACAACAGGCCUUCGAGUGGACACCUUGGGAGAGCCGAGCGUUUGUGCAGUGCGGCAUCAGUAUUCGACAGAAUGAGGACUACACCUGCAGUCUCGCACAGGACAGCUACAGCCUGAACGUGGAGCCCAUCAAGAUACGACGUGGACGCAAGCCCACGGAAGGAGUUUCAGACAAGGAGAGAUCAGAUCUACGAGGCCGACUUGGUACAGUCGGAUGGCGAGCUCAGCAGUCGGCCCCGUGGCUCAGUGCAGAAGUCUCUCUACUUCAAGCGGAGAUACCUACGGCGACGGUCUCUACCAUCCAGAAGAUCAACAAGCUGAUCCGCACCAUGAAUGACACUGCCGACGUGGUCAUGCUCAUCCCGGCCAUCGAGCAGAUCGCUGUGGUUGGCUGGGGCGAUGCUGCCUGGGCCGCUCGUAUCACUGGCGAGUCCCAGGGUGGCGAGAUGAUCGUGCUGGCACCACUGUCUUUCCUGAGUGGCUCGACAGAGACGGUAGCGCCUAUCUCAUGGAGAUCAUGCAAACUACCGCGAGUGGCCAGAAGCAGUACGAGUGCGGAGGUUCAGAUGAUGACAGAGACCCUCGACGAGAUCAGCUACGUGCGCCUGUUCAUCUACGAGCUGGAGUGCGGCCAAGUGGACUACACCAACAAGCAGCACGUGAACGACGCCAUCUCAUCCUGCCCUGGCAAACUGGUCACAGACGGUAAGUCGGGCUACGACGCGAUCGAGAAGAGCGAGUCAGCUGGUCUCGGCCUACGCGAUAAGCGGACGAGCAUCGAGUGUCUAGGCAUUCGACAGCAGAAGGAGCAGACGGCCCUCCAGAUACGCUGGGUCCACAGCGAUGCCAUGCUAGCCGACGGCCUCACCAAGGAUCGAGCCGCCAAGGUCUUGCUGGAGUUCUUCAGGUCAGGUCAGCGCUGGAGACUCGUGGACGACCCCCUGCACCGCAGUGCUAGGAAGCGCAAGACCGAGGGCAUGGACAAGCUGGACCACGGCAAGCCGUUAUCAGCAGAUGACGAUGAAGCUAUGCUGGAGGCCCUGAUCUACUUCGCUCGCGACAAUCCCUACGAGCAGGAGACCCCUGCCGGAGAUAUAGCCCUUUGGGGCACUGUGAAGCCUCUCACGCGCUCUGUGCGUUCUGUGAAUUCAGUUGCCAGAGGCAGGUCUCGAUGCCGUAACAUCGAUCUUUAG